AUGCAACCAGUGAAUUCAACACCGAAACGCGGUCAUCCACUAGAUGAAAGCGGAGGUUCGAUCAGCAACGGAAGAGGUCUCCGUAAAUAUCCUCGAAGGGGUAUUGACAAUAAUGCACAUAAGCACUCACAUAAUGUACAACCAGAAAUUAAUUUACAAACACAGCAACCAUCGUCUUCGAUGUCGUCAGAUGUAAGACAACAUCAAGAGAUAAAUCAAGAUAAUACGAAUCGUAAACGAAUUUCUUUUAAUCAACUGAAGCACGCGGUAUCGUCUAAUUUACCAUGUUUCUUUAUUGAAUUCACCUCGGAUGUGGAUCGUAAUAGUAUUCCAACAGCUCUUCAUGCAAGUGAUCUUAUACUGAAAGAACUGCAAACCAAUGGUGUUUUAAUCAAUAGAUUUACAUUAGUAGGAUGGGCAGGAAAAAAGCUAAAGUUAGGUGUUAAUAAUAAAGAAGAUUACGCUACUCUCGUCAGUUCGGAUAAAUGGCCAACAAAGAUAAAUGGAAUUGAUAUUGUGGUCGUGAAACCAAAAUAUAUACCAGAUUCAUUCACUCUCGUCGUCCGUUAUGUACCUAGGGAAUUAGAUGAAAAUUUUGUUUCAAAUGAAAUUCAGCGAACAAUUGCUUCUGCAGAUCGUAUUAAACGUAUUCAUUAUUCAUACCAAAGAAGAACAGAUGAUUAUCGAUUCGAAGUGAAAGAUUAUCGUGAAUAUAAUGCUGUGUUGCAACUGGGUCGAAUUGCAAUAGGUCAUUCGUGGUUAUCGAUCACCAAGUUUUAUCCGGGAAAUCGUUUAACGUACUGCACGAAAUGUUGGCGUAUUGGCCAUUUAAGGAACAAAUGCAGCUCAGAAAGCAAAUGUCGUAUUUGUCUUGAAAGUCUGAAUGUCAAUACUCCUCAUAUGUGUAAAAAUGUACCGAAAUGUGCUCAAUGUGAUGGAGAUCAUCAUUCGUUGGAUAGUCAAUGUCAAGUUUUAAAAGAAUAUAAAGAUCAAUUAAAGGAAGAUGUCGAAGAUGCCAUACAAAAAGGACUAUUACAGCGAUUCUCACCGCAAGAGAAAGCACCUACAUUUGAACGUCGAGAGCAAGACUUUCCACCAUUAGCAGCAAGUGAUAAUCAUUCCAAUAAAAAAUGGAAUACUGCGCUACCACGUACAACUGUUGAGUCGAAUGACUUACGAGCAUCAUAUACUGAUAAAACAAUUGAAUCCAUCAAUGAUAAUCUGACAAAACUAAUCGAUAGUAACAAACGGCUUGAAAAUAAAGUUGAUCUAGUAUCAUCAAGUAUAAAAACCGUUACUCUUGAUAUUCAGCUACAUCAAGCAGUCUUAGCAGAUACUAUCAAUAUUAUGAAAGACUUCAUGCAAUAUGUUAUACCAGCAUCGUUAACUGCUAGCAAAGUUGAAAGAUCAUCGUUGGUACAAGUCACGAGCGAAUACUACAAGCGCCUUCAUGUCGCGUCCUCAAGAUUAAUAAAUGGUUUCCAAUUAAAUCAAUUAAAUCAGCAAGUUGAACUGUUUGUGCAUAAUACUAACAUUGAUCAACACUCUGCAUCAGUUCACAAAUCUUCACAGAAUGAUAAGUAG